UCCAAAGCGCGACAGGAAAUUUGUUGAUGCCAGAGCCUGAAUAUGGCGCACUAUGAUCAACGUUGGCUGAAAUUGUUUUCGGGCACAGUAUUGUUGUUGUUGGUAUUGCUGCCUGGGCUGCUGCUCGACGGUGUUGCAGCAAAACGUGCGAAUGCAAAUCUCACAGCCUGUCAGCAUCUGCGACGUUCGGAGACGCGCAGAUCGAAGGCUCUGCAAAAUUCGAAAUCGAUUCGCAUUCCACGUUGUAACAAAGGUGGAGAGUUUGAGCCAAUUCAGUGUAGCAAUGAACGCGCCGGGGAGGAUUGCUGGUGCAUUGAUGAGUAUGGUGUGGAGUUGCCUGGAACAAGGAGAACAAAUCGUACGGCUGUAAUCUGUGAGGAGCCCAAGCACUGUACCGCUUCAGCUUGCCGCAUGUUUUGCCCAUCGGGCUUUGCACGAGAUGCCGAGACAGGCUGCUCGGUUUGUCGCUGUCGUGACCCUUGCGAUGGUCUGGAGUGUCCACGCGGCCAGUCCUGCCAGCUACAGGAUGUCAAUUGCAAAUCGGAGCCGUGUCCACCAAUACCCACUUGCAAGAAAGCGCGCUCGCUAGCCAAUUAUUGCCCUGCUGGUCUUCCGCUGGCCAUCGACGAUAGCGUGCGUCCAUUUUUGUGUGGCCUCGAGGCGGGCAAGCCCCAAUGUCCCCCACUCUACCAGUGCAUGAUCGAGUCUGGCAAUGACUAUGGCGUGUGUUGUCCCAGUGCAUUGACUUUCCAGAAGCCUGGGCUUUGCCCGGCACCUGAUAAGGCCGAGUACAGCGAACGCACGGGCUACAUGUGCGGCACGCCCUGCAGUCACGAUCUGGAGUGCCGGAAUAUGGAGAAGUGCUGCCACACCAAGGGCUGUCAAUUCAACUGCCAGCAGCCAAGCAACGUUACGGGUUGUCAUCAGGCACGCGCUCUCGCCGAUGUGUUGUCCAUAAACGAGCGUGAAGGACGCGGCUACGUGCCUGAGUGCAACGGACCCGGUGGACAGUUCUCACCUAGGCAAUGUUCCCGAAACGGUUUGGUCUGCUGGUGCGUUGAUCCGCGCACAGGGCAUAAAAUCAAGGAGACAAUGGGUGCGGCCAACAAUGUAAACUGCGAUGGCUGGGAGAACAUGAUCAGUCGCUCCUACGCCCGCAGCUUUCACACGGAACAAUGCGAUACGAACAUUUGUGCCGCCGUCUGCGAAUAUGGCUUUAAAAACGAUCACAAUGGCUGCCCCACCUGCGAAUGCUCCGAACCUUGUGAGGGUUUUAAGUGCGCCAUUGGCUCACACUGCGAGGUAGCCAGCGAUCCUCUUUGCGAGUCCGGCUCAGCGCUAUGCGCCUCCUGGCCUGUCUGCAAACCAGAUUUGGUCUACUCCAAUCCCUGCGAUGUGGGCACCCCAUUGUCAGACACAGUCACUGGCGAAGUCAUGUAUUGUUUUGAGGAGCGACAGAGUCGCGCCUUUCAGCCCACUGCAUUCUUCGAACCAGAGCCGGAAGUCAAACAGGGUCGUUCUAUGAGCAACCGGAUUAUGUGCCCGGAGCAGUAUAAGUGCACCAAACUUCAUCGCGAGGCGGAGAGCGUGUGCUGUCCACUGCCGGAGCAGAGCACACCAACAGAAGAGCAGACCACGCGUCAGCAAACAAUGUGCGAGUACCUGCGGGACUUCUCGGAGCGCAUGGAGGGUACGGAGGAGGGUAUGCAACUAGCUGUACCUGCGCCCCGCUGCACCGAUGAUGGUGACUAUAAAGAGCGUCAGUGCACUUUGCGCAAGAUCCGUGUCACCCGUUCGGAACAGCGAAAAAUUCUAGAGGAGAAUACUAUUCGAAGGAUGCGCAUGCUGCUGAGCAGCGCUGCUCCAGUUUCACAGCGUACUCGUCGGGAUGUGGAGCGUCUAAAGCUCUAUCGUGUUGAUGACAGUGCACUGAAGGUUGCACUGGCGGCUCCUAUAAUGGGACGUAGUGCCAAGGUCAUUGACAUUGGCGCUGAACGGCAGCAGAGUCUGGGACAACUGUUUGAGACGGAUUUCAAGAAAGUGGCAUCCGCAUCCAAGCGACCCACGACUGAAGAUGACCUCAUCGAAAUGGAGGUGGAGGAGUGCUGGUGCGUCGAUAGCUUUGGCACAGAAAUUCCUCGAUCACGUGGCUUUAACGUGACCGACGAAAGUUGCCGGCAGCUGCGCGACGAGGUAGACUGCCUGGAUCUCACCUGCCGUAUGGGCUGUGAAUACGGUUUUGCCCUAGACCCACACACACGCUGUCCGGCCUGUCAAUGUCGCGAUCCCUGUGAAGGCGUCAGCUGCGGCGACGGAAAGGAAUGUCGCAUAGUGGACGUUUCUUGUGAUGAGGAAUACUGCCCACCAGUACCGGCAUGCUUACCACGUAAGCCCGGGCAGUGUCCUUACUUGGUGCCACCUGGUCCAGAUAACUUGGACGCGAAUACCUGUGCAUAUGAGUGUCGCACGGAUACGCACUGUGAGGGCGCUCGACGUUGUUGCUCAAAUGGAUGUGGCACGCAAUGCGUGGAACCGCAGCUGAAGACCGCCUGUCAGCACCUGCAGGCAAUACAGAUGCAUCAAAGCUCUGAGCUUGGAAUCCCGGCACGCCAAAUGCAUAUUGCCCAAUGUGAUCCUCAGACAGGCAAAUGGGAGGAGGUCCAGUGUGCUCCCGAUGGACGCUGCUGGUGUGUAGAUGCGCAGGGUCGCGAACUUGCUGGGUCCCGCGUUAAAGGAAACUCACCAAAAUGCUUGGAGAACUCCAGCUAUGAAUGCCCAAAGCAAAGCUGCAACCUGACCUGUGAGAGCGGCUUCAAAAUGGAUGCCAAUGGCUGUCCGAGCUGUGAGUGUCGUAACUUUUGCGAUGAACUGAGCUGCGCCGGGGACGAGGAGUGUCAACUGAUCAACGUGGAAUGCGUGGAUAGUCCUUGUCCAAAGAUGCCCAUCUGUGUGCCAAGACGUGCUUCGGUCUGUCCCGAAGGUAGUCCGCUGCAGCAGGGGGAUCUAGAUGUCAGUUGUGGUCCCCAUAAUGAACACGAAGCAUGUCCCACUACGCACUCCUGUCAAUUAAAUCCAGUUAGCAAUAGGGGAGUUUGUUGUACAAAGACCCGCGACGUUUGCUUCGAGUCCAUGGAUAAUGUGUGUGUGGCUAACGAAAAAUCUGAACAUAAUUCAACACGAUAUCGCUUCAGCCCCAAGGCUAAUAAGUGUGUCGCGGUAGCCAUCGAUGCCGAUGCCGCCACUUGUCAAACAAAGAAUUUAUUCCAUAAUGAACUGGCCUGCAACUCCGUGUGUCCAGCACUUACCCAAUGUGAACGACUUAAACUUAAGAACGGUCUGGCUGCCCAACGGACGGGCCACUCCUCCGUGUGGUUCCAACCUCGCUGUGAUCCUAUUACUGGCCACUGGUCCCCAGUGCAAUGUUUGGGAAAGCAGCCUGCAUUGGUUAACACCAAACGCACUGAGAUUAUUAGUCGCGCCUUAUCUGCUGCACCUGAGGACUCUCUGCCCACUCCGUAUGGUGUUUGUUGGUGCGCUGACAAGAAGGGCGCACCACUCAAGGGCACACUCACGCGAGAUAUUGAGCCCACAUGUAACAGUCGUCAGGGGCGAAACCGGAAGAACUUCGAUGUGGGAGACCCGCUCAUGGAGGAGCUCAUACGCCAGAUGACACUUCUCAAUGAUGUGGAUGCGGAGCUGUCCAGUGAACUGGACUUCGAGGAAGUGGCAUCUGUGCGUAUGGUUCCGUCAACGGCCAGCGCGGCCGACACAUCGGUGACGGAACGCGUUCUAGAGCUUGCCAACUCGCUGUUGGACUCAAAGCUGAGCGUGCUGGAGGCAGCCCACCUGAAGCCCAUGCAACUGAAAACUACACGCUGCCGGGCCUUGGCUGCGACUGCCACUUUCCCAGUUAGUUGCGAUGCACAAGGUGCUUUCCGUCCUCUGCAGUGCAACGGACGGUCCUGUUGGUGUGUAGACGCUGCGGGUAAUCAAUUGGACGCAACCCACAUGUUUGGCCAAGGCGACAAGCAUUGCAAUCAUGUGCCGAUCGAGUCCGUCGCCGUUGAACUACACAUGAGCAACAGCAGUGCGAGGGGAGUGAGGAAUGUUUACGACACCAUUCGCGAUGAACUGCACCAGCUCUUGGGUGAUGCGGUAGAGAACCUGCGCGUACAGGAGAACUUCGAUGGAUCGCUAAUCGUGCGCUUCGAACUUCACAAUGAGUCCAAGGUGGACAUGGCCUUUGCCAUUGAGUCGGCCAUUGCUGCAGGAGAUUUCCAACUAGCCUCCGGACACUUUAAGCCCGACAUCACACGCUCGCAUUUCGUGCAUCGCAGUGCCGUGCCACCAGUGGCUCAGGCCGCAACUGCACAGGACGAACACAUUCAGUUGGUGCUGUUCAUUAUGGCUACCAGCUCGGCUUUUUUGGUCAGUGUCUUCGUGGUCUAUGUGAUGCUAAAGCGCAAUCGUCGCAAGGUGAUUCACAAUAACUAUGCGUAUCCCAUUUAUCCAGCGGGUAAGGGCAGCGGAAGCGGUGGCAGUGGAGACAAGCCUCUGGACUACUCUGCGCCCAUCUUUGUGCUAAGCACGGCACCGUCCACUGAACCGGAGAGUCUGAAGCCGGAAAAGGCGUAG